GCCUGCGCGGUGCGCGGCCGUGGGGGGCGGGAAGCGCUCGGGGCUGCAGCGCCCAUGUCGGCCUUGAGGCGCUCGGGCUACGGCCCCGGCGACAGCGCGUCCUAUGGCCGCUACUACGGCCCCGCGGCCGGGGACGCGCCGGCGCACGCCGCCCCGCCCGGGUCCUGGCGGAGCCGCGGGGGCGGCCCGGGGGAGCCGCCCUGGGCGGGGGAGGGCGCGGGCGCCGACGGCUACUACGGCCCGGGAGCUGGGUGGCCGGAGCCGGGCCGCGGCGGAGGCGGCGGCCAGCAGCAGUCACCAUAUCCUAACUACAACUCUAAUUACUGGAAUUCUGCUGCCCGACCGAGGAUUUCUUACUCAAGUACAUACCCUGUAAGACCAGAAAUGCAAGGCCAGAGUUUGAAUUCUUAUACAAAUGGAGCAUAUGGCCCACCAUAUUCCACCGGCCCUAGUGCAAAUACGACCUCAUACUCGGGGGCAUAUUACACACCUGGAUAUACUCAGACCAAUUACUCCACAGAGGUUCCAAACACCUAUUGUUCACCUGGCGACAGCCCAGCCCCAGUCUCUCGUUGGAUAUAUCCCCAGCAAGAUUGCCAGACUGAAACACCGCCUCUUAGGGGGCAGGUUCCAGGAUACUCUGCUUCACAGAGCCCUGGAAUGACUCUGCCCCAUUAUUCUUACGGGGAUGGUAAUCGUAGUAUUCCGCAACCAGGACCUAGUGGACGAUCCCAUGAGGACUCCUGGGCUCCUCCCGGGACUUACGGAAUGGCAAACCGGUACCCCUGGCCACCAGCUGCCCCUGCAGCACCACCCAGUAACCUCUACGUGAGCGAGAAUGCUUCCCCGUGGCCUGGCACUGGCUCUCCUCGUCCUCCUCAGCCGCCUCCUUCACCGCCCUUGCAGCAACCCAAGGAUUCCUCAUACCCCUAUAGCCAGUCCGAUCAAAGGAUGAACCAGCACAGCUUUCCUUGCAGUGUCCAUCAGUUUCAGCCCUCAGGAGCGGUGAACAGUGAUAAUUCAGAGCCUUUGGAUUCCCAAGUCCAGUAUAGUGCUGAGCCUCAGCUAUAUGGUAAUUCCAGCAAUGAGCAUCCCAGCAAUCAAGAUCAAAGUAAUCUCCCUGAGGAACCAUUAUCUUCAGAUCAAAGUACUCCCCCAGGUAUUAAGAAAAUCAUACACGUGCUGGAGAAAGUCCAGUACCUUGAGCAAGAAGUAGAAGAGUUCAUAGGAAAAAAGACAGACAAAGCUUACUGGCUGCUGGAGGAAAUGUUGACCAAGGAGCUGUUGGAACUGGAUUCCGUUGAAACUGGAGGCCAGGAUUCUGUCCGGCAGGCCAGGAAGGAGGCUGUUUGUAAGAUCCAGGCCAUCCUGGAAAAAUUGGAAAAAAAGGGCUUAUGAACAGAUAAGAAACAGAGGGAAAAGCUCCUGUUACUAACUUAACCAAAGAACUCUUGGGUUUGGUUAAUUACUCACUUUCUGAAAUGCCUGUUGAUAACGAGAAGCAGUACAUUCCAACUUUGAUUCAAAGCUUGAAAAGCUGGUAAUGGACUUGGGUGAACAUUUUAAUUAUGAAUUGUUUCAGGUUUUCAGACCAAUGAAUGUAAUAGGAAACUGGAGUUAUCAAUAUUGCCAAUUAGAUUAAUUCCUUAGACUUGCGGAUAAUCUAGCGAGCUGCUUCUUAUCAGCAGGAGGUAAAAUACGCUUAUGUAACAGGCUUAUCAGAAACCUACCAGAUGAGACUGACUCUGUGAUCUGAGACAGUUCUGUUUUUAAACAUCUGGGCCACUUGUCACAUUUUUGUACAUUGUGACUGCUUUCAGCAUACACCUGUAAAUUACUGCUUGGACUUUAGCCUUUCUUGACCCCUGUUUUGUUUUGUUAUUUGCAGUUCACAAAUAUAGUAUUCUCUAUUUCUUGGUAUAUUUUGUAGUAAUAUGUUUAAUAUAAUAAUUCAAAAGACUAUUGAUAGCCAGAUAGUAUGGCAAUUCUGAAUGAAUUUAUAUCUUUUCUUCACUUGAAUAUAUUGCAGUGUGUGUACUGAAUUUCUGAGAUAAAUUGUCUCCCCUUUUGUAUUGAUCGUUAGGUUCAAGUUUUAUCAUGUCUCUUUGAUGUUACUAGAGGAAGGUAAAUUUGGAAGUGGCACUUCAUAGGAAUGAAAUUGAUUCUUGGCCAUCUUUGAGUGUGUUUUUUUGUUGUUGUUGUUGUUGUAUUUGGAUAAAGAUCUUCUUUACAGAAUAUAAUUACCUUUUAUAAGGUAAAUGAAGCUUCCAAAUGAAGCAUUAUGAUAAAUAGAGAUAAAAAUUUAAUGCCACAGUGAGUGGAGAUAAUAGCUGAAGAAGGAAAUGAAUAUGACAUGGAAGUUCUACUCUAUCCAGAAUAGGAGUUUCACUAUCCAGAUCCCAAUGAGCAGAUUUCAGCUCAGUUUAUAGUACAGAAUAAUGAGGGUGAGUAAAAGGGUUCAUGCUCAGGGAAUGCAUCAGCCAUAUCAAGAAUGGGAAAUAAUCUCUAAAAGGCAGAUUUGCUUUCUGGGGUCCAGGGUGAAGUUUUGGAACACAUCUGGCAGUGCUCAGGAACUGUUCCUGGCUCUGUGCUUAGGACAGAGCCCUUAAGGGACAGCGCUUGGGGGUUUUAACUAAGGUUGGCGGCAUGCAAGGCAGAUGCAUGCAAGGAGCCCCUACACGGUCCCUCCAAUACCCAAGGGGGAUUUGGUUUUAUCUUUUAUUUCCCUGGAAUAAAUUGCACACACACACAGUAUUGCCUGUUUUGUAAGAAAAGAUGUUUUAUUACCAUUAAUUUUCAUUAUAGAUCCCAAUUUCAGGACAGAAUAUUGAAAUGGUCUAAUCUGGGCUUGCUUGGAUAGCUCUCUGCUAUUACAUGGAAGAGAUGGUGGUAAAUGACUUACUUUUUACACCCAAAGUGAGUUCUAGUAUACAGUAUCUGUUAUUGGAAAGCAGCUGCUUCUUACUAAGAUGUUCAAGUGAUAAUUUUUUUGCCUAAACUGCCAGGCUUGUUAACAAAUCUCUCAGCCCUCUCCUCUCCUUAUACAUGAAACACUAUUGAUAGGACAAAUAUGAUGAGAAGACAUGAGUAAAAAUAUUGGCUGCACUAAACAUGGUAAAAAUAAUCAUAUGAUUGGAAUGCAUGAUUUUAUGAGAGAAUAUGGUGAUAAUUUUACUAUAGUAAAUACUGGCUUACCGUAGGAAUGUUAAAAAAAAGCUCUUCUAUGAAAAUUAGAAACUUGAAAUUAAAAUUUAGGAUUGGGGACCUUAAAGCUAAGUUAACGUAAACCAGUGAGUGGUAAUUCAGGAGAUGACUAUUACUACUUAAUUGAGUGCCCAACAUACCAAUUUUCAAAAAGUCUUGAUAUAUAUUUACAUUAUACACAGAUGCAUUUAUGUGUGCAUUUUUGUCUUUAAAAAUUGUUUUUUGAGGUGACUUUGGACUGAAUUGAAGAGUUGUAAAAUGAACACUCAACUUCCCGUUAUGUUAACAUCUGCUAACCACAGAACAUUUAUCAAACUUACAAAGUUAGCCUUGAUACAAUACUGUUAACUAGAGUUUUAAAAUUCGAGAUUUCCUUUGUCUUUUCACCGAUGUCCUUUUAUUGUCCCAUGGUCCACAUAGGGACCCACGUAGCUGUUGUCUCACUGUGUCUUCCAGUCCGAGUGCAGCGACACCUGACGUUAUCCUGUAUUCCUGGUAUUGUUAAUCCUGUUCACUGCCUAAGGUGGUGUCUGCUAGAAUUCCCUACCCUCAACUUCUAUGUCCUCUUUUGUGAUGACUGUAUAUUUGCUGGGGACCCUUUGAGACUAUGCAAAUGUCAUGUUUCUGCUUAAUCGUUUGCCCACUCAUUUUUGGAGCCCUUGGCAGAUCUUGCUUUGUGUCAGUUCCUCACUGUGGUGGUCAAACGGUGAUUUCUAGUUCUCCUGUUCCUUCGAUGUUUCUUCAUUGAAGUUCUUCUGUAAGGGGAGGGGCAUCACUUCUGGAUUAUAUUUCUAAUUAUAGUAAGAUUCGGGAUAAGUACAAACUGAACUUAAAGCUGUGCAAACCAUGUUAAAAUGAUUCUAAAUAGCGAUAUCGAAGGACAGACAAUUAAGAAUGUAAGCUUUUUUCAGAAAGUACAGUGAACUUAAUAAGGAGAAUAAUAUUCAUAAUUUGUGGGUUUGGUUUAAGUUUUGAUUAAAUAUUGACUCCAGAAUGAAUUUUAAAUUUUAUUGAUAUGUGAUUGAUAUUAAAACGUGUCUAAAUUUAUAUUCUGUGGGAUAAUUUUUGUCAAAAUCUUGAAUAAAGUUUCCCAGACCUGGCAUGUUAAACAAAA